CUCACCGGAUACAAAUACACGAGCACAGCGCACGGCUUCCGGACGGAUCGGGCGUUCAAAUGCCAAAGUCCCUGAGCGAGUGUUGUCGGUUGCGACGCAGCCAAUCAAGCGCGCCGAAUGGUGAUUAGAAGAGCCACCGGCAUUGCGAUUCGCGAGAAUGCCGCGAAUCGCGAUUCACGCGCGCUUGAUUUUCUAGUCUGUUUUCAGUCACCUUCCGUUUUGCCCCAACGUCUAUGACCUCGCCACGAGCAGGGUUCAAAACAGACGGCAAGCCAGCCAGCUGCAGCAGCGCGAUUCUGAAAAACCCGCACACUUCCGAUACAGACACAGCUGAACGAGGGCAUCGGCGGCGGCGGCGGCGUGGCGGCUGCGUUGCCGUGGCGACCUGACGCCCGUUGACGUCAUUCGCGCAUCUUUCAAGGUCUUGGCGAGAGCGUCAGCGCAAGUCAGCGUCGGCCCUCGCCCCGACUCCGCGCUCCGCUUCGGAACCUCCGUGCUUCUAGUCAGCGCGCUACCCCAUACCCGUGUGCAACCCGUCGAGAAACAGAUGCACCAUGUUUGCCUGAUCCAGAUCGGAGACCGUGCGGGUAGCGUAUUUUUGAGCCGCACCGAAACGUCUGUUAUCACGUGUGCGACUCUCAAAAGUUUCACUUCACCGCCGCUUCGCCACCGGCACCCAACCGCCCAGUUUGCGGCGACGUCAUCGACGUCAUCGUGACGUGCGCCGAGGUGUUCUCCUCUCCCCGUGUUUCCGCCGGCCCUCUGCUCUUUCGCUAGCCUCGAACGCAGGCAAAUGCGUCUGCUACUGUCGCGCUCGGGAGGCUCUUUGGCGGUGCGGCGAGUCGACGGCCCCCAGGAUGAAAGCCGGCUCGGAUUUGUGCUACGAGGAACGCCGCAAAAGUGACUGCCUACAUCUACCGACGUGCCACGGGAUUACGAGGGAGCUUGAAUGGGGAAGAUCUUCGAACGCCCGGCAGCGAGAGUAGGCUUCGGGCGCAUGCGUGAGUCCCGCCACAACAUGGCGGCUGACAGGGUAAAGACGUCGGGGUGUGCGGGGCUCGUUCGAGUCGGAUUUUACGAACUAGGAAAAACAAUUGGAAAAGGAAACUUCGCCGUGGUACGCCUAGCAACCCACGUCAUCACAAAAACAAAGGUAGCCAUCAAGAUCAUAGACAAGACACACCUGGAUGAAGAAAACUUGAAAAAGAUCUUCAGGGAAGUUCAAAUCAUGAAGCUCCUACAUCAUCCUCAUAUCAUUAGGCUAUAUCAGGUAAUGGAAACGGACAAAAUGAUUUACUUGGUUACAGAAUAUGCAGACAGGGGAGAAAUUUUUGAUCAUCUGGUAGCCUCGGGCCCCAUGCCGGAAGACAUAGCGAGGCAGAAGUUCAUGCAGAUUGUGAGUGCCGUUCACUACUGCCACGAGAGGCACGUGGUUCACAGGGACCUCAAGGCCGAGAACCUUCUGCUUGACAGUGAGAUGAACAUCAAGAUAGCAGAUUUCGGCUUCAGCAACCAUUUUGAGCCUGGAAAGAAGUUGUCCACGUGGUGUGGCAGUCCUCCCUAUGCAGCCCCUGAACUUUUUGAAGGCAAGCAGUAUGAUGGCCCAAAGGCUGAUAUUUGGAGCAUGGGUGUCGUCCUGUACGUUCUUGUGUGCGGUGCCCUACCGUUUGACGGAAAGACGUUGCAAAGCCUUCGAACCAGUGUUCUCUCUGGGAAGUUCAGGGUUCCUUACUUUAUGACGACGGAAUGCGAGCAGCUGAUCCGCCAGAUGCUGGUGGUGGACCCCGAGAAGCGGUGGACGGUGCGUCAGGUGGUGCAGCACAAGUGGAUGCGCCAGGGGGCCCCCUACCCGGAGUUCGAGCGCCUCAUGGAGCGCUGCGGGAAGGCCCCCUCUGCCUCGGAGGAUGGGGAGAUGGUCGACGCCAUUGUGCUUCAGCACAUGCUCCAGCUGCCGCACAUUACCAGGGAACAGAUCGAGCAGUCUGUGCAGGAGAAGCGUUUUGACCACUACAGUGCCAUCUACCACCUGCUGUAUGACAAGCUGCAGAACCAGCAGAAGAGGGCUCUGCUACCACAAAACUUGCCCCUGACUGCACAGCCCCAACGCAAGUCCAGCAUCACCACUGGCAUUGUGGAGAAGAGUCCCCAGCCUGUAGAUGGGGAUGCAGAACAGCAGCAGCAAAACCUCGUUCCCAGCCCAGUGCUGACUGUGAGCCCCAUGCCUGAGCUGCACCCCAUGCUGAUGGGAGACCAGUCUCUAGAAAAGUUUGGGGAGAUAGAGCUGGAGUCGGACAGCGAGGAGUUUGGUCCCGAGCAGCAGCUGCUGCCCGUGGUGCGGAGGCACACUGUGGGUCCUGGAGACCCCCAGCACGAAGGAGGGUGCGGAGCUGAGGUCCCACUGGUGGGGGCAGGCACCCGUGCUCCUCCCUUGCCCCUGAGCGCCCUGCCCCACACCAACCUGCCCCUGAACCUGCCGAGGGUGCAGAACCAGCCCCCGCAGAACUUCUCCGUCAAGGAUCAGCACCUGCUCAAGCCCCCUCCCGCUAUGGGCGCCUUUGGCGGAUUUGGGCGACGAGCAUCGGACGGAGGUGCCAAUAUCCAAAUGUUCUUCCAGCGUCAUCUUCUGCAGGGUCAGUACAGCCACCCAUCAAGCAAAGAGCUGCUGACAUCCUUGUCACCUGGCAGUGGUGGUGUUCCACAGUCUCUGCACCCCAUUUCCGGGCUUGGUGACGAACUGAAAGAGUUGGAAGAGCAGAUGGACAGCAAUGCAAUUUCAAGGUACCUGCAAGCUCGUGGCCACGGCAAGCGGCACACAGUGGCCAUGGGCAGCGAGGAAGAAGUGCAAGACACACAGUGGAAGAUGCAGCCGCGGCAGCGCAGAUCAGGACUCCUCACGGUCAUGGAGAAGCAACCCGUUCCGAGGAGAGCAAGUGACGGCUGCCCAUCAGUGAGCCCCCACCGGACUCAACUUGAAAGGAUCUACAAUCAAACUGUCGGUGCAGAGAGCAAAUGCAUCAUCAAAGCCCUGCAGCAGGAGUGCCAUCAGUUGCAGAAGCACUGCGGCGGCACGAUGGACGCCCAGCUGCAUGCGGAGAUCCAGCGGCGCCACUCACUGCACGUGCAGCAGAUGGCGCACCUGCAGCCCUGCCUGCUGGCUAGCUCGGUGUCGUCGCCGCCCUCCAUAGCGGGCUCCCCUAUCCACCAGAGCCCCUGCUGCAGCUCGGGGGGCGGAUCCACGGGGGGCGGGGCCAGCCCCUGCCAUGGCACCGCCCCCACCAGCCCGGCGGCGGCCCUCUCCCAGCACCUGCAGCGCCUGCACCUGCAGCGCCGGGGCAGCCCCGUAGGCUUCUGCCUGGACCCGGCCGACUCCCCGCCCCUGGAGGCGGGCUCCCCUGGGGUGCAGCCGGCGGGCUCGCCCCAAGCCCCGUCGCCCCCGCCCUACCCGGACUUCCCCCGCCUCCAGAGCCUGGUGGCCCCUCCCCUGCGCAACAGCCCGCCCCCGAUCUUCCCCAACCUGGGCAUGAUCCGGGAAGACGCCGUGGAGAACGGAACUGGCCUAGUCCGACCCGAGAUCGUGGUGAGCCCCGCCUACGGCCCGGCCUGCUGGGGUUUCCCACCCCAGAUCAGCGUGACGGACGAGCGGGGCAAGGAGGUGCUCACGUCGUCUUCUUCCACCUCUCCGUCGUCGUGCUCGUCGGCCUACGCGGACGCAGCCUCCCUGCUGCCGCUGGACCUGGCCUACUCGCCUGUGCGGUGGCAGGCAACGCUCGAGGAGGCCCUGGCGUGGCCCCGGGGGCUUUCGUCCCCGUCCCCGCGUUCUCCGGCAGAGGGCAGCGCCCUGCAGAAGAGCCCCAGUGGGUCCCUGUGCCUGGUGGUGGCCGCUGGACCUGUGGCGUGCGGGGACCUGCUGCGGGACAUCCGGCGGAGGCUGGAUGCACACGCGCCCCGCCUACCCCUUGUGCUGCAGCCCUCUGAACGGGGCCUUGCUCUCGAGCACCCCGCGGCGGGGGUACAGAUCGAGCUCGAGGUGUGCGACGGGCCCCGCCCAGACGAGAGGGGCCUCAAGAUGCGCCGCAUCUCGGGGGACAGCCUCCAGUACAGCCAGUUGUGCCAUCAGCUCGUCGCCUGCAUGAACAUGUGAUCUCUCCUGCCCUCAGAGGAGUUCGUUUCGAGUGCCUGCACCCCCGCGUCCCGAUUUGUGACAGUUUGAACCCGCGGGAGUGUCAAGCUUGCCGUGGGUGCCGCAACGGAACAUCUGGCUUCCCGCGGUUUUCGAGGCUACCGCGCCGGUUCGCAAUUCAUGCGGCUUGAAGGAUGCCGAGGCCGCUUAUCUGUCGACUUGUUUCGGGGGGUUUCUGCAUUCUUUUUGGUUGUAGGACAAAGAAGUGACUGCCACCUUGUUUCCUCGCUUGACGUGUACAAUUGCGGUUUAUUUUAAUACCAUAUUUUUCCGCAAGAAAGCUCCGAUUUGAACGGACGUUGUAUAUGUUCUCCAAUGUUCCAGUUCACGUUGGAAUUUUUGCGACGGUGCAUCUCUUGCCAUUGAUGCUUGCCAAUCGCCUUAGGGUUGAGGAUUGGUCUGCGAGAGAGCAAAGCCCCUUGCAGACGCUUUCAGACUGCUGCCUGCAAAUUUCUGCAGGACCUGGGGCACAAAUCCCGGUUAUGGCUUAAUUGCCAAGUAUUUUGUCGAGUACGAUGGCAAUCUGUAUGUUGCGGCUUGUGUGCCGAAAAAUAUGGUACGGAGCGCGACACAGGUAGCACGAACGUGUGACCCUCAGUUUUGUCCCAUUUUCACUCCCAAGUGGUACCCCCACCUUGCAAUGUAUCGUGACGGAAGCUGCAAGCCGUCUUUGCGGACGGAGCACUCCCUGCGUGCCACGUGAGUUUACGCUUCACGCGUCACUGUGCCGAUCUGGAAGGCGUGACAUGCUCGGAGCUGUGGAUUAGCUCCGGGGGCUUGUGGAAUCCGCUGCGGUACAAUGUCAAGUGGAACAGAGUGUAGUGUGGCAAAUUGAGCUUAUGGGGGGGCACCAAUUUAGAAGGUGAAAUUUGUCUUUCAAUGCUAAAGGGUAAAAUGUGCUAAGCCUGAGUGCCAUGUUUGCACUAACUGUGUCGUGCAGUGUACAUAGGAUUGAGGUGCACAUUGUGCGAGUUAAGCUCGUCUAAGUUAUGAUUGUAAGAAAGCGACGAUGUGCAGGGCUAGGUUAUAAAAUCAGUUGCUUGUGUUUGUCUCAUCAUUGCUUCUGCGGGUAUGUCAUUUGCAUCUCGUUUUAAGAUAUGUGGGGCCGUUUUCAAUAUACCAUAAGUUGCUGGUUCAUGAAACCCAGAACCAUGUUCUAAGUUUGAGUUUACUGCGCAGCUGAUUCCCCCCACAAUUUAGGCGGCACGGUGAAAUUUUUGUACGCUGUGUGUUGAAAUGGACAUAACCUGUUUUCAGGCAAGGAUUCCAUGCAGCCAUUCCAGAUCCUUCUUUUUUUUUUCUUUUUUUUUGUACAUAUACAUAAUAUUCUAGAGCGUGUAUAGAGACCUGUGAGCCAAUAAGAAAAUCAUGUACAGUUGCUACCACAACCUGAAAUAUUUUUUUCCUAGGAGUAUGCUGUAUGACCAAUUGUUUUGAACAAAGACUGAUCGUAUAUUGUGAAGGUUCAACAUUAUAAGGAACCAUACUUCUGCACAUUUAUUUUGGGGCUUUACAUUUAAAAUAUAGGAAAUCUUCAAACUAGUAGUGUUUCUCUGUUUUUCAAAUGCCAUGUUUCUUUUUUUUGUCUAGUCAGGCAAAUAUUCUUCAGAAGGCAUUGGCAUAUGCGAAAUACUUAUUUCUCGUACAGCCUAUGCACUUGAUUUACUAUAACCUAUCCUUUCUUGUCGGGUCAGAGAACAGGUGGGAUGCAAAUACAGACGACAAUUCACCUACAAAUCGCUGACGACACGGGCUUAUCUUUGGGCUUUUGGUUUCAAAUAAUUGUGAUUUGCUCGCUUCAAUCCAGCGAGCGGCAAUCAGUGAUGAAGUUUACACUGUGUUGUCAUGAGCAUUGAAGAAAUAAGAACAAACAAACAAAAAAAAUGCUGAAUGCUUGAACAGCAUGACUUUCAUAUUUUACAAUUUGUGCUGAGCACCUGACACCUUUCUUUUUAUUGCAUUGGUCUGGGAGCUUGCAACCUUUGUUUGUGAAUGUUGCGUUUGCAUUGGUUGAUUACGUCAGUUAGCGGCUAGGUGACAUUUUGUGGUUGAGAGUGGGUGGGCAGAAGGCUCAAGGAGCAGGGAGGCGCGGUCAGAUCGCUGGCAUGUUGUUCUCUGUCGUCCAUGAACUAGAACCUACAUAUGCCAAAGUUUUCACCAUGCAACUGUGUACAGCAUAAAUAGUUACUGACCUGUGUGGGUUUGGAGGAGGGACGGACAGGCCUUGCACCCACUCAGUCCCCUUUCAUCGUCUGUUUGGACAAAAUUUGAUAAAACAUUUGACAUAAGGGAGAGUGACGCUAGAAUUUACUUGGAUUUCAAAGUCAUUGCAAUAAUGGGUGCCGCAAAGGAUCCAAUAAAAUAUUUAUUGAUACGAG